UCAGACGCCUCCGACACCUCUCUCGAUUCCUCUGCUCAUCGCUCUCUUCGCGUGGCCGAUAUCACUCAGGGUCGUUGUUUGACCGAUCUUGGUCAGAUUGCAGUAUAAAUAUUCAGUGCCCGGUAAUGGUUCAAAGAACUAGGACGGAUGGCCCCUCCCAGGCCGAGCAGUUGCUACGGGUCACCUCUGCUAUUGCUGCAGAACUCAUCAAGGCCCACGAUGCAAAUCAGACCGUUUCACUGAAUGAGCUUCGAACAAAGAUGAGCAAAAGGUACGGGUUCGGUGGAGUGCCGAGGUUGGUGGAUAUCAUCAGUGCCAUCCCGGACGAAUACAAAAAGGCCCUGUUGCCUAAACUGAAAGCUCGGCCUAUACGUACAGCUAGCGGGAUUGCCGUAGUAGCUGUUAUGUGCAAACCACAUCGAUGUCCACAUAUCGCAAUGACUGGCAAUAUCUGUGUAUAUUGCCCAGGAGGUCCUGAUUCAGACUUCGACUAUAGCACACAGAGCUACACGGGUUACGAGCCGACGAGCAUGCGAGCUAUUCGUGCACGCUAUGACCCGUACGAGCAGACAAGAGGGCGAGUAGAACAGUUGAAAAGUCUUGGUCACAAUGUUGACAAGGUGGAAUUCAUCAUCAUGGGUGGGACAUUUAUGAGUAUGCCGGAGGACUAUCGGAACAAGUUCAUUGCGCAGUUGCACAAUGCGCUAUCUGGAUAUACGGGAUUCGAUGUGGACGAGGCGGUGCGCUUUUCCGAACAGAGUAAGUCGAAGGCAAUUGGCAUCACCAUCGAAACGAGGCCAGACUACUGUCUAAGACCACAUCUGAGUCAGAUGCUCCGCUAUGGCUGCACUCGCUUAGAAAUCGGCGUCCAGUCAGUAUACGAAGACGUUGCCCGAGAUACAAAUCGGGGACACACCGUUCGUGCCGUCUCGGAGUCGUUCCACCUGGCGAAGGAUGCAGGAUUCAAGGUCGUGGCACACAUGAUGCCUGACCUCCCGAACGUGGGCGUAGAGCGUGACCUUGAGCAAUUCAAGGAGUACUUCGAGAACCCUGCGUUCAGAAGCGACGGACUAAAGAUUUACCCUACCCUCGUAAUCCGAGGCACCGGGUUAUAUGAGUUGUGGAGGACAGGUCGGUAUAAGAAUUACACGCCAAAUGUGCUUGUGGACGUUGUGGCGAGAAUUCUCGCACUUGUCCCUCCAUGGACCAGGGUAUACCGAGUGCAGAGAGACAUUCCCCUGCCAUUGGUCACAAGUGGUUGCGAGAAUUCCGGCAACCUUCGCGAACUGGCGCUGAACCGGAUGAAGGACUUUGGUGCGGAGUGUCGUGACGUGAGAUUCCGUGAAGUUGGAAUCCACGAGAUCCAUCAUAAGGUUCGUCCGGAGUCUGUCGAGCUUCUUCGACGGGACUACACGGCGAAUGGCGGAUGGGAGACAUUCCUAUCAUAUGAGGACCCUGAGCGCGAUAUUCUGAUCGGACUACUGCGAUUGCGAAAGUGUUCUGACGAGGGCACUUUCCGGCCAGAGCUGGUGGAGAAGGAAGGUGCGGAGGGCGGUUGCAGCAUCGUCCGUGAGCUGCACGUUUAUGGCACGGCUGUGCCAGUGCACGGACGAGAUCCGACGAAGUUCCAACACCAGGGCUUUGGCACGUUGCUGAUGGAAGAGGCGGAACGGAUAGCUCGCGAGGAGCAUGGCAGCAUCAAGCUUGCUGUCAUCUCUGGAGUUGGCACACGAGACUAUUAUCGUCGGCUGGGGUAUGAGUUGGACGGACCAUACAUGAGUAAAUCUCUGCUGUGACAUCCACAUGUAAGACUGGCUUCACCUCCACGCUGUAUUGGUACAUCGUCUCCCACGCUCGUGUCUAUCUAAGAUCCUGGAUCUCCAAGCACCAACGUGUGGAAGUUUGGGAAGACAAGUUCUUCCUCGAUAGUCUU